CUCCGACUCCCUCCAACGACGACAACGACGCCCAUCCCUCUCACCCCCCGGCUUCCUCUUCAACUCCUACCGUUCACCUUCGAGGUCACAAGUCGUCAAAAUGGGUGGUGUCACCGUUCGCGAUGUGGACGCGCAGAAGUUCAUCGCUGCCUACUCUGCUUUCCUGAAGCGUCAGGGCAAGCUCCCCAUCCCUGGAUGGGUUGACACUGUCAAGACUUCUUGCUCCAACGAGCUCCCUCCCCAGGACGCCGACUGGUACUACGUCCGCGCCGCUGCUGUUGCCCGUCACAUCUACAUGCGCAAGACCGUCGGUGUCGGCCGCCUGCGCAAGGUCCACGGCUCGACCAAGAACCGUGGCUCCCGCCCCAACCACCACGUCGAUGCCUCCGGCUCCGUCGACCGCAAGGUCAUCCAGUCUCUCGAGAAGAUCGGUGUCCUUGAGUACGAUGAGGAGAAGGGCGGUCGCCGCAUUACCCAGGCCGGCCAGCGGGAUCUUGACCGGAUUGCCAAGACCACCGUUGACGAGGAGGAGGAGGACGAGGAGUAAAUUAGUCUCCUACUAAAACAAUAAAAAGUCCCUGAUGUCUUCAUCUUGAACCUCUGGUGUUUUCCUUGUCUAGAAACAAUUCCCCCGUGUUGUUACAAGAGGGAAAAGGCUAGGUGGCUUUUGAGUUGAACCGGUCAAGUUACAUACAAGUCGGCAACAUGGAUGAGUUGGAUUGAUACACUAUGGAUUCAGCGGGAGAGGAAUGAAACUUUUUUUUUACCCUUUUUUUAUCCUAUUCCAUACCGACAGUUGUCGAUGAUGACCAGAUGGGGAUGGACCAGCGGAGAGACGAAAGCACGUCUCCUCUGUAAAUAGCCAGACAGAGGGAACCGUCUGUCUUGUGUUCUAAUAACGGGAUAUGAUAUACUCUCACGUCC